AUGCCGGCCCCCUACUCGGACAACAUGUACUCGGACAUGGGCCAGGACGCCUCCGACGACGAGCGCGAUGCCCUGUCGCCUACCGACGGCUACUUCCACGCGUCUGCGUCGUCUGACGCGGCGUCAUCGUCUGCCUUUGGCCAGCAGCCCGACCAGCACCGGCGCACCUCGUCCAACGUGCCCUCCGUGCCAAACGUCCUCGUCGAGGAUCCCACCCUGCGCGACCAAGGCGCAAAGGCGAGAGAGGCCGAGCAGGAGCGCCAGAUAAAUAACGCCGCCGGCCAGCAAACCACGUCGUCGUCACCAUAUCCACCGCAGCUGUCGUCGACGUCGUCGCCACACACUUCUCACCACCCUACCCCUUCCGCGUCGGCUGCGUCGCCUCCCCAGGGACCGACCUCACCUGCGGCCAACCCCUCACCCUCCUUUGUCUCAUCGCAUCAUCACCGACGCAGCGUCGAGGAAGACGAACCCGUCCAAUUUCCCGGGGACCGUACCCGCCUCCCCUACUUACACACUCCCUCUCAUACAUCAACACACGCGACCGCCCCGUCACAGCCGCAUCAUCAUAGCCAGCUGGACGCGCCACCUGCCUACUCUCCUUCCCCUUCCUCUCCUCCCUCAAGCCAGCCUCAGGGCUACCAGACGUUCGCAUCCCUCUCUGAAAACGCGCGUACCGGAAACGACAACAGCAACAUGGGUGUCCCGGAGGAGCAUCAGGCCCUGCUGCCGCGCCAUCCCGAGUCCAUGGGCGGCUCGCCUAACGGCCCUUCGCAUCCGAGAUGGCAGAGGCUUAAAGACUCGAUGAGCUCGCCCAACCUCAGGCCCAAGCUCAAGACCAUUCUUGGCGUGCUAGUCAUCUUCUCCAUCAUCUUUGCCAUCUUUGGUGGCAUCCACAUCUCGUCCUCUUCCAGCCACAAGAACCCCAAGUUCAUCGACAAGGAUCCCGUCCGGGAGCCAGACAUGGGAGGCGACAGCGACCUGGAGUGGAAGCCCGCCUACGGGUGCCGCAACACCCCGCACGUCUUUGACAAGCGCACCGCCACAAUCAGCUUCGGAGGCGAGCGCAAGCUCAGCGUCAAACAGACCAUCGACAAGAGUGAUCGUCCCCGCAACGGCCGACAGCCCCGGGUCUACGGACAGCUUAUCGUGCGUCCUGCUGGCGACGACAAGUCCGAGGGUACCAUCGACCUCGAAGUCAUUUCUAAUGAUGCGGAGCUGGGAGUAGAGGUUCACGCCGACCUCGACGGUGAUGACCAGCUUUUCAACAUGAUCACUCCGCGGGCCCUCGAUUGGUGGUCAAACUCGGGCGACGGGCCGUGCAUUCAGAUGCGUGCGACCAUCUGGAUCCCCCGCAAAUCCUUCCUUCGGACCUUUGCUGUCGACACCGUUCAUCUCGAUGUUAGCAUCCUCGACGGACUGGUCCUCGGCGUAUCUGAUACCACGACUAUCAAGACUAUUGUUGGAGGCUUGCGAACCUCGCUCCCCAAGGACGUCAACGAUGACGUGAUGCCCUACACUCUUGAGUCCCGCAAGACCAUCAUCGAGACCGUCAGCGGCAACGUCAAGGGCUGGUUCCCGCUCUACGACCUUCUCAAGAUAUCGUCUGCCUCUGGAGAUAUCACGACACAAGUCGGCCCGAAGCCCGCCAACAAGGACUCUCCUGAGUCCGCAGUCCUCCAAAUCGGGUCCAUUUCUGGCGAGGUGAGCAUCAAGGAACCCCUCGCUGCGGCCAUCGCAGAUGGCAAGGCAGGCAAGAAGCUGCCGGCGCGAGACUACGUGAUCAAGGUGGAGACGGCAUCCGGAGACAUCUCCGUCGAGGCGGCCACCAGCAGCUCCGGUACCUUUACUUCGACUUCUGGCAAUUUCGAUCUGAAGCUGCUCCCCGUCUUGGAGAAGGAUCUGCAAAAGUCGGAGGGCAAGCCCCAGCUCUCCACGGACACCAAGAGCGGCAACGCUCGCGUGACGAUUCUGGAACCGCUGUGGACGAGCACUUCGGGCGCGAGAAUGUAUCCGCCUGGACGUGCUGCGCCGGGCAGCGAUGUGUUCCUGCCUCCGGUGGAUGUCCCGCUGCCGCCGUAUGUCGAUGACGGCAACGAUGCACCGAAGAACCCCGAGAAACCUCAGAAGGGGCCCGACGAUGCCCUCAUCAUCAUCCACCCCCACAGCGCAGGCGAGAUCAAGGCCCGCAAGGCCGAUGAUGGCAAGACGCGCCCGGCCCUGAGCGUGCUCGAGGCGAAGCACUCGUCCAUCAGCGGCGACGCCAAGCUCUUCUACCCGGCGAGCUGGACUGGACACUUUAACCUCCAGACCAUUUCGGGGAACACUGCGGUCCACGGCGAGGGCAUUGAGAUUAUCCGCCGCAGCCGGGGCAUCAUGAAGGUCAUCGAGGGCCGCAAGGGCGACGGCGAGUCCGAUAUCAAGGUGGAGAGCAUGUCGGGCAACAUGGGGCUGCACGUUGGCAAGGGCAACUGA